ACUUCCUGACUUCAUUGUUUCAAUUCCAUGGAACGUGAGGAAGUUAUUUCUGAUUGGGAAUAGAACAUAUAAUAGAGAACAAUGGACACUGGGGCGGCAACCGUUAUAUAAUCGGGAGCCGGACCAGUUACCACAACAAAUGUCAUAAAUAGGCAAUAGGUGCGCAUCAGGUCUGGACAAGGAGAACGGACACUUUACUACAUAAUAAUUAUUUAUUUAUUUCUAUAGCGCCUACAGAUUCCGCAGCGCCAUCACUCACUAUGAAGAUUUGCUGGUUUACCCCUCUCUGGAUCUCUAUGGUGGUUCCCAGUAAAGCUGAAGACUCGUGUCCAGAAGUGAAGAUUGUUGGACUGGGAGACUCUGACAGGUUGUCCAUCCUCAGAGGGUGUCCUGGAACACCCGGAUCUCCUGGACAGAAGGGAGAAGCUGGAGGAAAAGGAGAACGUGGUCCUUUGGGAGCCCCCGGGAAAAUAGGACCAACAGGUCCAAAGGGUGAAAAGGGAGAAGCAGCUACGGAGAGCGUAAUUUAUGCCGCCCGGAACUGCAAAGAGAUACGAGAUCAGGGUGAAGUGCUCAGUGACUGGUACACCAUAUACCCAGAUGGCAGCUCCCCCCUGAAGGUGCUGUGUGAUAUGCACACCGAUGAAGGAGGCUGGAUUGUUUUCCAGAGGCGUUGGGAUGGUUCGGUGGAUUUCAGCCAAGAUUGGAAAACCUACAAGAAUGGAUUCGGCAGCCGGAUGACAGAAUUUUGGCUGGGAAACGACAAUCUCCACCAGUUAACAUCCAAAGGCACUUGGGAGCUGCGAAUAGACCUGCACGACUUUGGGACGGCAAAAUAUUUUGCAAAAUAUUUAUCCUUCAAAAUCCUUGGAGAAUCAGAAAAGUAUAAACUGAUACUGGGGAAAUAUACUGGAGGUAAUAUGGGCGACUCCUUCAGCUUUCAUAAGAACGCAUUGUUCUCCACCAAAGACCAAGACAACGAUAAGCACGGUGGCAGCUGCGCUCAGAUAUGCAAAGGAGGGUGGUGGUACGUGGACUGCCAUAACGCAAACCUGAAUGGACAAUACUAUCUGGGCCCUCACAACACCACAGCCAUCGGCAUCAACUGGAAGCUUGGCAGAGGGUACAAUUAUUCCUACAAAGUCUCUGAGAUGAAGAUCAGGCUGGUGUAAGGUGGGAGAAAUGGUGUAUUGUGGCGGAUAACGAUAACACUAUGAAGAUAUAGAUGAGGUGAAUAUUUGCUUUCUUCACCUUUCCGAUUAAACACUGAACCACCAUGUUAAAAUAUGGUUUGUCUGUAGGGGGUAAUCCUCCAUAUUUAUUAUCUGUCAUUGUCAAUGGGGCCACAUGCAGCCCCUGCUCUGUUAUAAUAUAUGACGAUACAUGACAAAUAAGUCAACAUGUUGAAUGUUACUUAGACCAUUCCUGAUGUCAUGUCUGAAGUGUGGCCCCGGGGGCCAUUAUCCUGCUGGUAAAGGUCACUGCCCUUAGGGGGCCCCGCUGCUCUAAAGGGGAGACUUGGUCUGUACAAGGGGUAGGUAGGUGGUGCGUGUCAGAGUAACACCCACAUGAUGCCAGGACACAAGGUCUCCAGCAGAACAUUGUCCAUCACAUCAUCAAUUUUGGAGUUUGGUAUUUUUUUGUGCUUAUGCUGUGGCCAUAGGAGGGGGGGGGGGGGGGAUACAGAAAUAUGAUACCUUAAAGGGAUACGCCGGUGGAAAACUGGUGCCAGAAAGUUAAACAGAUUAGUAAAUUACUUCACCACAGCACACCAUAGGCCUCAGGACGCCGAAAUCAUUUAUUUUAUGGACCUGAAGAAGGCACAUGCUGAUGCCGAAACGCGUUGUCCGUUUGUUCUAAACCACAAUAAACUGUCCUGUGCUUUAUUGGCGUUCCGGAUCCUUUUUAUUCUAGCAGUAGCGCUCGUCUAGUAUCCCCAUUUUCUACUCUCCUCUUCCUGAUCACAGUCCAGGAGAGAAUUUGUCUGGUUCUGAUAUGACAAAAAGUACAAAAUGUUCAUA